AUGUCGACAACACCUGUCCCGGCCGAGGACCAGGCACGGCUGCUCGAGGAUGCCCUGAUCGCUGUGCGCCAGCAGACGGUGCUCAUGCGCAAAUGUCUGGACACGUCUGGGAAGCUCAUGGAUGCGCUCAAGUGUUGUUCUACCCUGGUGUCGGAACUCCGCACUAGCAGCUUGGGGCCCAAACAGUACUACGAGCUGUAUAUGGCCGUCUUCGAUGCGAUGCGCUACCUGUCCGUCCACCUGCGGGAGAACCACCCGCACAACCACCUCGCCGACCUCUACGAGCUUGUCCAGUAUGCCGGCAACAUCAUCCCGCGCCUGUAUCUCAUGAUUACCGUCGGCACCGCCUACAUGUCAAUACCCGAUGCCCCGGUCAAGGAGCUCAUGAAGGACAUGAUGGACAUGAGCCGAGGUGUCCAGCACCCCAUCCGUGGGCUCUUCUUACGCUAUUACCUAUCUGGCCAGGCACGGGACUUCCUGCCCACCGGUGAAGGCGACGGCCCCGAGGGCAACCUUCAGGACUCGAUCAACUUCGUGCUGACCAACUUUGUCGAGAUGAACAAGCUGUGGGUGCGCCUGCAGCACCAAGGCCACUCGAGAGAACGCGAACAGCGCACAAAGGAGCGCAAGGAGCUGCAGCUUCUGGUCGGCAGCAAUAUUGUACGCCUGAGUCAGCUCGUCGACCUCGAGACGUACAGCAAUGGCAUACUGGCACCCCUGCUCGAGCAGGUCGUGCAAUGCCGCGACGUUCUCGCUCAGGAAUAUCUCCUCGAAAUCAUUACCCAGGUCUUCCCCGACGAGUUCCACCUCCACACCCUAGACCAGUUCCUUGCGGCUGUAUCGCGGCUGAAUCCUCACGUCAAUGUUAAGGCCAUCGUUAUUGGUUUGAUGGACCGAUUAUCCGCAUAUGCCGAGAGGGAGUCGCAAGUGGAGGCCAGUGAGGAUCGCGCAAAGAUGGAAGAGGAAGCCUUAGCAGACUUGCUGGAGAAAAUCCGCCUCGGAAAGGACCAGCAGCAGUCAAAGCCGCAACCUGCCGAGCCUUCUGAAGAUGCAAAUGGAGAGGGCCGCAACGGCGACGGGGCAGAAUCCGUGCCCGAGGAGACAACCGAAUCAGUGACUGAGGCUACUCCGUCAAUCGCAGAUACAGAGGACACAGCAGUCGAGGCUGACGGCGAGCCGACGCCGCAGUCUCCCAAGAAGGAAAGAGGCAUUCCGAAAGAUGUAAAGUUGUACGAGAUUUUCUUCGAGCAAGUCAACAACCUGGUAGCAGCCCAGCAUCUGGCCAUCCAAGACACGAUCGCCCUGUUGGUUUCGCUCACCAACUUGGCCCUCAACAUCUAUCCUGGUCGCCUGGACUAUGUGGACCAGGUCCUCGAGUAUGCAAACCGUAAGGUGAGGGAGCAUGCUAACAGUGCCGACCUGCACUCGCCCCCAGCUCAGCAGAGCCUGCUGGCACUUCUUCAAGCACCCCUAAAGCGAUAUGCCUCUCUUUUCACCGCGUUAUCGCUGCCAACAUAUGUACCCUUAUAUCAAAAUCAAACCUAUCCUACUCGCAGGGCAGUGGCUGGUGAGGUGGCCCGAACGCUGCUGAGGGAGCAAAUCUUAAUAUCUACGCCGACGCAGCUGGAGAAUGUCCUAGAGAUCCUCAAGGUCUUGAUCAAGGAGGGCACACAACCACCAGCCGGCUACCCAGGUGGCCCGCAACGACGGGCUAUGGAGACAGAUGAGACCAUAGAGGAGCAGGGUUGGUUAGCUCGCAUAGUUCACCUUGUCCAAAGUGACGACAACGACACUCAGUUCAAGCUUCUGCAGAUGGUCCGCAAAGCCUAUGGAGACGGCAACGAACGCAUUCGGACGACUACGCCACCUCUUAUUACUGCAGGCAUGAAGCUUGCAAGACGGUUCAAGGCACGCGAACACUACGACGACAACUGGGAAACACAGUCAUCGGCCCUGUUCAAGUUCAUGCACUCUGCAAUCACCGCUCUCUAUGCACGCGUAAACGGUGCAGGCGCUGCCGAAUUGUCAUUGCGACUCUUUACUGCUUGUGGUCAGACUGCUGACAUGAUGGGCUUCGAAGAAGUGGCGUACGAGUUUUUUGCGCAGGCUUUCACUGUGUACGAGGAGGCCAUCAGCGAUUCCAAGGCUCAGUUCCAGGCCGUGUGCGUCGUCGCCAAUGCACUCCACCAGACCCGGAACUUUGGCAGGGAGAACUACGACACGCUCAUCACGAAAUGCGCCUUGCAUGGUAGCAAACUACUGCGCAAGCCUGACCAGUGCCGCGCUGUCUACCUUGCGAGCCACUUGUGGUGGGCAACCCCCAUCGCGGCCACCGAGGAGUCGGAAGAGGGUCUGUACCGCGACGGCAAGCGAGUGCUCGAGUGUCUUCAGCGGGCUCUUCGGGUUGCCGACAGCUGCAUGGAGCAAUCCACAUCGAUCGAGCUGUUUGUAGAGAUCUUGGACCGCUAUGCUUAUUAUUUCGAGCAGCAGAACGAGUCGGUCACCACCAAAUACCUCAACGGACUUAUCGAGCUGAUCCACUCCAAUCUGAGCACCAACCAGCAGGACUCAGCCAGCGUGGAGAACAGCAAGAAACAUUUCAAACACACUCUCGACAACAUUGCCAGCAGAGGAUGGGAAGGCGUCGUGCUGUACCCCCAGAAGUAA